AUGGCCGACCUUACCCCAGCUCCGUCACUGUCGCGAGGAACAACUCUUGCUGCGCGCCGUCGCAGGAUCGCCAACGCCUGCGACUUUUGCCGCGAGCACCGCGUCCGCUGUGAGGCCGCCACCCCGUGCCCUCCUUGCCUGGCCAACAAUGUCCCUUGCCGUCGAUCUCGCCCGGUGCACACUCGAAAGUCUCCCCAGAAGACAGCACAGUUAGGAAGCAAAAAUGAAGUUCCUCGCCAGCACUUGGGAGACCUUACUCCAGCGAGUAACCAUUCAGCGGCGGACCCUUCGGCUUCGCCAUCGCCAUCGACAAAUCUGGCAUGGACCUCACAUAAAACAGAUUCCAUCCUGGGCUUCAUUGCCCGCCUCAACUCGUUUUGCUCUGGAGUGUCCCAGCUGUUUCCGGACGGUCCAGCGAGCAGUGCAGACAAUCUUCCUCUAGACCAGAUUUCGCCCUUUCCCUCUCGUGUCCCAGAGGGAACGCGCAACGCGCAAUGUGACUUAUCCCCAUCUCAGAUGCAGCAUCUAAUGAGAAUCUUCUGGCAUCGCCUUCGACCACUCAUGCCGAUAGUGGAAUGGAAAGAUCUGGACAUCGCUAGUCAGCACACCCCUUUACAAGAUGCCAUUACAGCAGUCACUCUGCAAUACAUCCAUUGCUCCGGUCUUCACUCCAAGCUCGUUGGUCUCAACUGGCCACAGUUCCAGAUCAGGCAAUCACCCGUGGACAUGCCGUACUUCCAGCGCUCCCUGUCCGCCGUGACCCAGCUUGCGACAUUCGCCGGGCCCUCCCUGUCCGCCAUCCAAUGCUACUGCUACUUGACUGUGUACCUCCUCGAUUUGGGACACCACCAGGCGGCGUAUAACAUGGUAGGCCUAGCUCUGCGCAUCGCCCAGUCCCUCAACUACAUGGACGGACGGCAUCGCGGACAACAGGUCUGCCAGCUGUUCCGGCGUCUCUGGUGGACGCUGAUCCACCUUGACUAUCGCUGCUCACGAUACGUCGGCAAGCCGGUUACCACUAAUAUAGAUGAUCUGCUGUAUCUGAUGCCCAGCAGAGAGCCGCAGGAUGUUCAUCUGUCAAAUGGCCUGCUGUAUCAUACCGAGUCGAUCCGCCUGACGGCCGCAGCUCUCGUCGUGAACGAGGCCAUAGGCCACCGUUCGUUUCUGGACGGGGCAGUCGACCCUACACAACUAGAAGAACGAGCAGAGACCUUGUCAAACCAUCUCCACUAUAUCGAGGAGUGGCGCAAGGACUUACCUAGAGAUCCAUCCUUCGCAAAUAUUACAACUAUCCACAUCAACACACUGGUGAACUCUCCAGACCCCGAGUCCUCCAGCUUCAAUAACGACCUCACAACCCAACCACCACCACUCACCAUCCUAACCACCCUCCUCCACCUCCAAUACCACAACACCCUCAUGACCCUCCACCGCGUCUUCAUCCAAUUCCCCACUUCCCCAUCCCCACUAGAACCACACCCCAAAGCCAACGCCCACGCCGCAACAUCCCUACACCACGCAAUGAGCAUGAUCAAAACCACGCACGACCGGAUGACCAUAACCGACUCCCUGCACGGCCUCUCCGAGCUCUACCAGUACCAAUGGAACGCAGCCAUCACGAUCAUCGGGUUCCUGCUCGCAUACCCGUUCUGCCCCCGCUGCACAGCCGCACGAGAGCACCUGCUCCUCGCGCUGGAGAUCUUCGAUGCAGCCGGUGCCGAGAAUUCGACUGCGCGCCGGGCUGCCGCGUUGACAAGGGCUCUGUGCGGGAAGGUCGAUGCGCUGGUUCAGAUACUCCGUGGCAGUGGCCGUCAGCCCAUGGCUCCAUCUGUCCCCGGCUCAACGGGUUUGAUGGAUACGGAUAGCUCGCCGUCGCGAUCGCAGGAUCAGAGGGCCGACCUGAGUUCCCGCUCCAGGUGCCCUGCUAUUGCUGCCCAUACGGCUGGUGAAGGGACACCGGGACGAGAUGCACUUCCAGACGCCGGCGAGGAACUCUGGCCUUGGGCGGACUUGAUAAAUCUGGAUUCCUGGCCUGACUACUGCGAUGGGGUUAGUGAGGUGUUUCUGGAUCCCGCUGCCUUUAUGGAUGGUGCGGCGUUUGGAACCUUGUAA